CAUAGUUUAGGUAGGUACCCGAGUGCAUGUACCUGAUAGCUCCGGCGUUAGAUAAAUUAAUUCAACAUUGCUGAACUCUACUCUUCAACGACCAACAUGAUGGCAAUAUGAGACCAGCAACAUGAACCUCCUUCUUUCUGACGAUUAUCUACUCCAGGACUAUCCGGAGAACAUCACCAAUACGAUCCGGUCUGGUCAUACAACAUGUCUUCGCUUCAAUCGCAAAGGCGAUUACCUCGCCUCAGGUCGCGUCGACGGCACUGUUGUAGUGUGGGAUCUGGAGACCAUGGGCGUCGCGCAGAAAUUGAGGGGCCAUAGAGCGGCUAUAACUUCCUUAAGCUGGUCAAGAUGCGGUCGGUAUCUUCUCUCGGCCUGCCAGGGCUGGAGAGCAGUUCUAUGGGACCUAGAGGACGGCACAAGAUAUAGAGAGGCCCGGUUUAGGGCUCCAAUCUAUACAGCAGAAUUGCACCCAUGGAACCAUAAGCUAUUCGUCGCUUCCGUAUUCGACGAGGCUCCAUCGCUAGUUGACCUAAGUAAUCCUAACGACAUCAAGCAUACCCUCCCCUCAGCACCAAGGCGCACGAAUACCGACGCCGAUGCGGCGACAAAGGAGAAGCAAGCGAAAGAAGACGCGAAACAAAUGACCACGGCAACGGUUUGGACUGGGACAGGCGACCACAUCCUAGCUGGCACGAAUAAAGGGCGCCUUAACCUUAUAGAUCCAAACACACACGAAAUUAUAUGGUCUGAGAAAAUAUGUAGUUCGGUAGUUACUACCCUAAGAUUAACAGGGUCGGGCAGGGAGCUACUGGUGAAUUCGCAAGACAGGAUCAUCAGGACUUUCCAUGUACCGAACCUCUCGGCCGAAGAUCUGGACCCAGACACGAUACAAAUGCCACUGGAACAUAAGUUUCAGGACGUGGUGAAUAGAUUAUCUUGGAAUCAUGUCACGUUCAGCGCAACGGGAGAAUACGUUGCGGCUUCGACAUAUAACAAUCAUGAAUUAUACAUCUGGGAGCGGAAUCAUGGUAGCUUGGUCAGGAUGUUGGAAGGACCUAAGGAAGAGCAAGGUGUCAUUGAGUGGCAUCCACACCGUGCUAUGCUCGCAGCCUGUGGUCUGGAAACGGGGAGAAUCUAUAUAUGGUCUGUUACGAGUCCCCAGCGCUGGUCGGCCUUGGCGCCCGAUUUCGUCGAGGUAGAAGAGAACGUCGAAUACAUCGAACGCGAGGACGAGUUCGACAUACACCCACAAGAAGAGAUCAACAAACGUAGGCUGGACCUGGAGGACGAGGACAUCGACGUGUUAAGGACGGACCUGAGAAAAGGAUACGAUGAGGACCUAGGAGUGACAGAUUUUCGUAUGCCGGUGCUGUACGAUCUUGGUGCUAGCGACAGCGAGGAGGAGUUCGUGGCUGUAUCUACGGGCACCGUGCGGCGGAGAAGUAUGGGCGAGGCCCAAGAUGGUGAAGAUGCUGAGGAGGAUAAAGCAACUGCAGCAAAGAAACCGGCUGCUUCGAAGAGCACCAGGGCUAAGAAGAAGUAGUGUAGGUGCUGAAGAGGCUAUCGCAAUAUUUGGCUUUUUGUAUACUAAAUAUCUACUUUUGGAGCUUAGGCAGUUACUUUGUGUACCUGCAUAGGGAACCCCGCAGGCCGUUAAUGAUACCCCGAUCGUCUUGAGAAGUGUAUACGAGGUGCUCUAUUGUUACCAUUCCAUUACGAUGUGAUCUGAAUUAUAAUUUGACGUUCCAGUGUGGUUUAUAAAAGCUGUUUCGAAUUGUCUUAACGAGCAGUUGGGCCCCCAGGGAACGUCUUAUGAGAGCGAGGCUAUCACAUUGAUGACUACACGUGGA